AUCUAAUUCGAGGUAGAUUUACUAUCAGUAAAUUAUUCCCAUAAAAAGCUCGCAUGCAUAAUUUACACUUCUCAGGAAGAAGCACAGCUCCAGGGCUCCACCUUCGCAUUGUUCUUUCCUCUUUCGGCUAACGGCGGUCUCCGGUAAAUCAGCUGCAGGUGACGGUGACGGGUCAGAGCUCACCGUCUGUCUCACUCUCUCUCCUCUCGUAUUCUAUUGAUCAAGGUCCCUCAACAUGACGACAAGAUACCGUGUAGAAUAUGCUCUCAAGACGCAUCGCAGAGACCAGCUUAUUGAAUGGAUCAAGGGUCUCUUAGCGGUUCCCUUCGUCUUGAAUUCACACCCGACAGCAGUCUUUGAGCCAGAUGGAGAGUCAGUAGAUCAACAAGCCAGUAUCGCCCAGCGGCGAUACGCUGAGAUUAUGCGUGAUGUCGAAGAAAUAAUCAACGAUCACAUCGAACAUCAAAAGGUCGGCAAACGAGACCGGUCAAAGCUGAGGCUCCUCGUUCCGACGGUAGCAAACUUCUUCACGCCCCUAGCACUACAUGACGCUUUCAUCUGGCAAGACCAACGCCGCUCUAUCAGCCACCGUCGCUUUGUGCCUCCUUCAUUCAACGAUAUCCGUCUAGUUUUGAACACAGCUCAGGUGAUGAGUCUGGUUCGUGGUGGGCCACUAGACCUGGUAACAUUUGACGGAGAUGUCACCUUGUACGACGACGGACAGUGUCUCACUCCAGAUAACCCAGUUAUCCCGAAGAUUCUGCAUCUUAUGCGACGUGGAUCUAAAAUUGGUAUCGUCACGGCAGCAGGGUACACCGAAGCCAAGCGUUACUAUGAAAGGCUGUUCGGGCUCCUAAACGCUAUUCAAGCGUCUGACUUGCCUUUAGAGUCCAAGCAGAAUCUGAUUGUUAUGGGAGGCGAGAGUAAUUUCUGCUUCAAGUUCGAUGGAAACAGUGCCGAUAUGUUACGAUUGGUACCAAGGGAGGAAUGGUUGCUGAAAGAGAUGUUGUUGUGGCAUGAAUCGGACAUCACGGAGCUUUUGGAUUUAGCGGAAGCCUCUCUGACAGACACGAUGAGAAACUUUCGAAUGGAGGCCAUGGUUGUUAGGAAAGAGAGGGCGGUAGGUAUCGUGCCCAAGGGGGGCCAUAAGUUCUGUCGCGAGACGUUGGAGGAGACGGUCUUGAUCGUACAGAAGAUACUGGAAAUAUCCGAAGUUGGCCAGCGACUGCCAUUCUGCGCCUUCAAUGGCGGUAACGAUGUGUUUGUCGACAUCGGGGACAAGUCCUGGGGUGUUCUAGCCUGCCAACGGAUCUUCGGAGGCAUUGAGGGCGGCAAAACGCUGCAUGUUGGCGACCAGUUCCUAAGUGCGGGAGCCAAUGACUUCAAGGCUCGAUUAGCCUGUACUACGGCUUGGAUCGCGAACCCGCAAGAGACAUGUCAAUUGCUGGACGAGAUUGCGGAGCUGGACGAAAUGCAGCAACGCAAGACGAGGUGAACAAACAACGUCGUCCACGAGAGGCUGUGUGGCUAGAGACGACAUGAGCCGUGUCCGAAAGCGAGGGCCAUGGUGCUAAGCAGGAUGUCAGGGCACAGUCGGCUUUUGGAGAAGAUGCAGUAUCAAGGCAUGGAGAGUAUGCAAUCCAAGAUAGAUGAAUAAGACCCUCCCUUUCGAUAUGCGGAGGGCAAUGACGAAUUGAGAUGCCCGUCUAGUAAAACAG